AUGAUUACAAAAGAAGAACUCGCUUCAAUAUUAAAUAAAUAUUCAUUAGGUGAGCUUUCAUUUUCAUCAAUUGAACAAAUAACUGAUGGAUGGACAAACUUGACAUUAAAAUUUCAUAUAAAAUCAAAUGAAAAAAUUUAUAUUCUUCGAGAGUAUCUUCCAAGUCAACAGCGAACAAUUGUACACGAAGAUAUUCGAGUUGAAUUAAAUUUUAUUUCAUAUCUUAAACAAUAUCAUCUUCCAGUUGUACCAAUGAUUGAUCCGUCGGGGAUUUUUGUAAUUAAUAAUGGAGAUUAUUGUACGAUGUUUUCAUUUAUUGAUGGGAUUAAAUAUAUUAAUACAUCGAAGAAUCCUGUUCGUCAACUAUGGCAAACAAUAGAAAUUAGUCAGUUUCUUGGUCGAAUGCAUUCAAUUGAUAAACAUAAUUUUGGUUUUACAUUUAAUCGUCGAAGAAUUAAGAUUGUUGAUACUAAGUAUCAACUCGUAAAUUCAUGUUGUGAGUUUGAAAAAGAUUAUCCAAAUUUAUAUAAACGAAUACGUCAAAUACUUGAUGAACAUACACAUUCAAUUCCACUAAUCGAAGAUGAACUUGAACAAAUAAGAUUUGAAGAAAAUUUUGAAAAAGAUCUUCCCAAAGGUUUUCUACAUAUUGAUAUUCAUGAUGAAAACGUUCUGUUUUAUCAUAAUCAAAACAAAAUCGCUGCAGUGCUUGAUUUUGAUGACCUGUCAUUUGGUCCUUUUCUUAUAGAUAUUGCUACGACGUUAUGUUUUUGGUGUUCAUGUGGGUCAAAAUUUAAUACAGAUUAUGCUAAAGAAUUUUUAAUGGAAUAUCAAAAUGCACGGAAUAUGUUAUUAACAGAUGAUGAAUGGAAUUUAUUAGAACUUUAUUGUUAUAUGACUAUGUUUGAUCAAAUAUUAUUUACUAUUCAAUCACGAGAUAAUGGAAGAGUUAUUGAUGAAAUGAUCAAUGGAUUACUUUUACCUAUUGAACAAAUUUCUCAAAAUAAAAUGUUUUUAAAAAAUACUCAAUAA